GGGCUCCUUCUAGUGCACUUCAAUCAGGUGGGCCAGUGAUUCUUGAACUUCCCCUUGACAAAAUUCGAAGACCACUAAUGCGAACAAGGGCUAAUGAUCCGCACAAAGUGAAGGACCUCAUGGAUAGUAUCCGUGAAAUCGGGCUUCAAGUACCCGUAAGGGCGCAAUCCUAA